AUGGCGCCCAAAUGGCUCCAAGCGUUGCGACCCAAACGCAGCAGCAGAUCACCAUCUCCAUCUGGUGGGACGCGCCAGGAUACGCCGUCUCAUCUAGCGCCGUCUCAGCCCGGACCCUCAUCAUCCGCCCCUGCCCCAAUCGCCCCAGAACCUCAGGCGUCGCUGGUCGUUCCGUCCGUUACCGCCCCGAAUGAUCCAAUUCGAACUCGAAUUUGGAAUAGCGCCUACGACAGGGUCAAAGAAGAUGAGCCACGCUUAGUCGAAGCCUACGAGAAGAUCCUCUCUGUUCAGCUUGGUGAUGAUAACCCUGCUACACUCGAUGGAGCCUCGACCAAUGUGAUCAAGCAAGAUGCGGGUGCUAGGCAAGACCAGAUGAAGCAACUAGUCGACAAAGGGUUGGAAAAGACCGAGAAAGAGGCCAAGGUGAAAGAGAAGAUCAAAGAGGGAAUGCAACCCAUCAAGAACAUCAGGGACUUUGUGGCGUUGGCGGUCAAGUCUGAGCCAACUGCUGCGGUUGCAUGGGUGGGCAUCACAACGUUCAUGGAGGGGCCGACGAAUCCACCAUCAAACUGCAAGAAUUGCUCGAAAAGCACAUCGCCAGCCUAUACAAGAAACUACUUGGACCUCGUCAAGGUCGAUGACUGGCAGGAAAAGGUCGACUCGAUCAAGAAGGCCGAGGAGGCCAUUCGUGAAAAGGUCAAGCAAAAGAACUCUGAAGUUCUCAAAUCACGACUUGCUUCUGUCACGUCGGCUGUGGGAGGGGUCGAGUCAGCUGUCAACGAGCAGACACGAGGCUUGUUAAAGAUGCACUACGACGAAAAGGACAACGAGUGCCUCAAGGACCUACACAUUGUGAACCCGCAAACGGAUAAAAAAAGGCUGGAGAAGACGAAAGGUGGCCUCCUCAAGGAUUCAUACCGAUGGAUUCUCGACCACGAUGACUUCCAGGGGUUCCGGGGCGACCCAGACCGCCGAUUGCUCUGGAUCAAAGGCGACCCAGGCAAGGGCAAAACGACGUUGCUCUGCGGCAUAAUCGAUGAGCUAGAGAAGGAAUCCUCACAGUCUUUGUCGUACUUUUUCUGUCAGGCAACUCAGGACCAUCUUCGCAGUGCUAUCUCAGUUCUCCGAGGUCUCGUGUGGCUUCUUUGCAAGAAGCAGCCAAUGCUGAUGCCUUGUGUUCGAGAAGCAUACGACAUGGAAGGCAAGAAGUGCUUCGAGGACUUUUUCAGCCUCAAAGCCAUCUUGGAGAGCAUGCUUCAAAAGCCAUGCCUGCAAACUGCGGUCUUGGUUGUCGACGCCCUGGAUGAGUGCUCUUACCAAAGAGACGGUGUCGUUGAGAGAGAAGAGCUCAUUGACUUGAUCAUCGAACUCUCGGAGUCAUUCAGCGCAAAGUGGAUCGUUUCGAGCCGUAACUGGCCCGUCAUCGAAGGGCAACUUCGUUCUGCCGACAAGAUCGCGGUUUCGCUCGAGUUGAACAAGAAUUCCAUAUCCCGGGCUGUGGAGACCUUUGUCCGAUACAAAACUGACGAGCUGGCGCGCAUCAAGCAGUACGACGAGCAAACUAAAGAAGAAGUCCUUCAAAGACUUCUUCUCGGUGCAAACGACACGUUUCUAUGGGUGGCCUUGGUGUGCAAAGAGCUUGCUCGCCCGGUUGUCAAACCAUGGGAGACAUUGUCCAAGCUCGAUCAUCUACGCACCGGACUCAACGACUUGUAUAAGCGCAUGCUCGAGCAGAUCGUGGACUCAGACUACUCAGAGCUCUGCCGAGAGAUCCUUGGUAUCGCUUGUGUCGCGUAUCGGCCCCUGUCGCUGGAUGAGUUGCGGACUCUUGUGCCCGAACUCGAGGCCUACAGCUCAGAGGCUUUGAGGGAUCUAAUCGGAGAAUGCGGAUCAUUUCUUACCAUUCAAGAAGAUGUCAUCUACUUCGUGCACCAGUCGGCCCAAGAUUUCCUGGUUGGCAACGGAAAAGACACCAUAUUUCCUUCUGGCACACAAGAGCAUCAUCACGUUCUGUUCAGACGCUCAUUGGAAGCUCUGAAAGCCCUUCGAAGAGAUAUUUAUGGAUUGAAGUCCCCAGGAGUUUCCAUCAAGGACAUCACGCGACCGGAUCCCGACCCCCUUUGUCCGCUGAAGUAUGCUAUCCUUUAUUGGAUCGACCAUCUGGAACAACUUCAAGGGGGCAGAGACACCUCUGAUGACAAGGCCAUUGACAAGUUCCUCAGAGAGAAAUACUUGUACUGGCUUGAAGCAUUCAGCCUGCAAAAUUUCAUGGACCAUGGGCCAGACAAGAUUCAGAGGCUUCGAGGCAUGAUUGUGACGUCAUAG